AUGUCGAGACAAGUGAAUGAAAUGAUCAGAAAUGAAUUGAAGUCAGAGAAACCAAGUGAUCCUGACUUCAUUCAAGAUGUUAACAAACUACACGAAAAGAUUAAACAGCAAACUGGUUCAGAAUUUGAUGGAAAUCAUUCUUCCAAACUGCACCUAUGCCUUGACCAAGACCAUCUUCUGGUCUUCAUGAAAAUGAAGGAGAAGGAGUUACUUAGAAUCAACAACAUGGAGACACGUCAUUGGACACAGCACAUAAACUUCAGAAGAAGGAAAAGAGGUUGA